AUGAUUACCUAUCCUAUAGAAAUUUGCCUCCGUUUGAUCGGGAUUUGGCCAAACUCUUCGUAUAGAAUUUUUCAACGUUUUUGGACAAUCGUAAUGGGUAUCAGUGUAACAUUCCAGUUUUGGUAUUGUAUUUCUUAUUUUAAAACAGCAAAGCUAUCCGACCUAUUAGACGGAUUAAGUGUGGCUGUAUCGAAUACGGUUAUGUUCACUAAAUUGAUCAUUUUAUGGUUUAAUUAUCGGACACUUCAUAACGUUCUAACAUCGGUGUUCGAGGUUUGGAAUAAUCGUGCUUUCGUGGAUCGAAAUAAACAGUAUAUGAUGCAGAACUUUCACACAUGUUCUCGUAUUUCGAAUUUUUUGGUAUUUAUUUAUUCGAUGACGUGUCUCCUAUACUUGAUAACCACUGUGUUUAUCGAUGACGAUAAGGACAAAGAGUGGAAUUCAAACGAGAAGAAAAUGUUGCUUAAAAUGAAAUUUCCUUUCGACUUCACGAUUUUUCCAUUGUACGAGUUCAUUACAAUUGCGCAAUUUGCAUUUGAAUAUUCCAUAGCAUUUACGGCCGCCAUGUUAAUGGCAUUUUCUGCAGCAUUAGUACUGCACGUAGGUAGUCAAAUUGAUAUAGCGUGACAUGAACUUAUGAACAUAUCACAUCACUCUGGAAGGAGAGUAACGUAUAUGUUGAAAAAUAUUACUGUUAAGCAUCAAAGAAUUAUACAUUUAUCUGAAGACAUUAAAUAUUUAUUUCUAUAUACAUCACUGGUGCAAUUCUUUACAAAUAUUGUGGUGAUCUGUUUUCUAGGAUUCAUUUUCAUAGUCUCUUUGGGUACCGACGAAGGGCCUAAAGUAUGGAUAAAAUGUCUUACCUAUUACAUCGCUAUGAAUUGCGAAGCGUUUGUCUGUUAUACUGGACAAUACCUUACAUCUAAGAGUGAAAAUAUUAGUCAAGCACUAUACAAUAUACUUUGGUAUAAAUUAGAUAGACAGGAUAAUCGAAUAGUACUACUGAUGCUGAGGUCUCAAAAGCAGUUGACACUUACAGCCGGGAAGUUUGUGACACUUAGCGUGGAAACUUUUGCUAAUGUACGAUUACAGAGAAGUAGCAUUAUCUACGAUAAUUAUAAUAAUUAG